AUGAGCUUCUCUGAGCAUUUCUCCCUGGCCAACAUUCCGUACGGCAUUGCCAGCACUGCCGAACAUCCUAAGGGCGUAGCCACGAGGAUUGGCGAUUUGGUUGUAUUUCUUGCGGAUUUGGGCCUCGAUGCUUCUAAGCAGGUCCAAGCCGCGCUGUCCCAGCCAACUCUGAACGCUCUAGCCGCCAUAGGGAAGGACGAACUCCGUAUGCUCAGAAAGAAUAUUCAAACCACCUUGUCCGAUCAGUCGGUGGUUACAAAACACGGCGUCCCGAUUGAACAUGUUCAUCUGCAUUUGCCGGUGCAGAUUGGCGGUUUCACCGACUUCUCUUGCUCCAAGGAACACUUGUUGAACGCAUCAGCGGCCGUUAUGGGACAGGCGUCGAUGCCGCCCGCAGCACCAUAUCUUCCGAUCGGGUACAGCGGUCGGCCGUCCAGCAUCGUGGUCUCGGGAACGAAAAUCACUCGCCCAUACGGUCAGUUUCGUGAUGGAGACAAGAUUGGGUUCGGACCAUGCAGAGCUCUUGACUACGAGCUGGAGGUAGCUUGCAUCAUUGGAAAGGCGACGGAACUUGGCGACCGGGUUGCCAUUUCUGAUGCCGACGAGCAUAUCUUCGGCCUUGUUCUGUUGAAUGACUGGAGUGCUCGUGACAUCCAAGGGUUCGAGAUGAACCCUCUCGGCCCAAUGAAUGGCAAGUCUUUUGGAACUUCAAUCAGCCCUUGGGUAAUAACCCUUGAAGCACUGGAGCCUUUUGCGACACGGCCGCCCACAAAGGACGUACCAGCGCAGCCUUACCUGCUCGACCACAAAGAAAAGUCAAGCUACAACAUUGCCCUCAAAGCCGAGGUAUUGGCGGACGGGCAGACCACGACGGUAUGCACGGCGCAGCUCAGCUGGAUGUAUUGGACGUUUCGAGAUCUUGUAGCGCAGCAGACGAUCAACGGUUGCAACCUCAACACGGGUGACGUUUUGGCUACGGGUACGGUGUCGGGUGCUGGCGACGACGAGCACGGCUGUCUGCUUGAGAUGACCAAGGGUGGCAAGGCCUAG